CUUAUGGCUAUGAGGAGAACCGCGGCCUCACCUGCAUCCUCGGCCCUUUUCACCAGAUUCCUCAACGGCACCGUUCUUAAACCCUCCGCCGCCGGCGUUGCCCCAAUAACAACUAGUUCCUUCACUUCCAGCAUCCCUAUUAUCCUCGGAAACGAACCGCGCGUGACCCUCAAUGCCCUGGGUGGUUCUUAUCCCCGCUCUGAACAGUUUCCCAUUGAACGCGGUGGGUACUCUGAUGAAUACAUCAACCCCUUCCAGACUUCGGGCUCGCGCGGGGCUUACGAGAUAAACCAUGUGGAUGAAGGGUUGUACGUGAGGAUGGAGAUGCCGGGGAUUGAUAAAGAGGAUGUGAAGGUUUGGAAUGAAUACGGGACUGUUUAUGUGAAGGGGAUAGGAAACAAUAAGCAGUCAAGAUUUGAGAAACUCAGAAGGGCUUACAGUGCUACCAUUGAGAUUCCUUCAGACACUUUCCAUGCAGGCAAGAUCGAAGUUGACGUGAAGAAUGGUGUUCUUAGAAUGUUGAUUCCAAACAAAGAGAGUACUAAUCUAGGCCAAGUUUGAGUGAGUUUGCUAACAAAAAAAUCAUGGGUUUUAUUGGGAACCUUUUGGUUAGAUUAUGUUCAGUAAUCAGUACUUACUAGCAAUUGAAUUAGCCUAGUGUUGGGCUGCAUUUGCAGAGUGAAUAUGGCGUUUGUGAUUAUUUCUCUUGUUUUCUUUGCUUUCAUGGGCAAUGAAUUUCA